CCGCCGUCUGCCGGCGGUGCGUUGCUGUGCGGGUCCGGGCGGGUACAAGCGCCGCCGGGAGCAGGAAGCGCCAGUCCCGUCCUCUGCCUGGGUGCCGGCCACCUGCACCGCCAUGAGCGAGAAGGGCGAGCUGGACCUCACCGGGGCCAAGCAGAACACGGGCAUGUGGCUGGUGAAGGUCCCCAAAUACUUGUCGCAACAGUGGAAUAAAGCUUCAGGAAGAGGUGAAGUGGGAAAACUAAGGAUUGCCAAAAAUCAAGGAAGAACAGAAGUGUCGUUUACUUUGAAUGAAGAGCUUGCAAGCAUCAAUGAUAUUGGAGGAAAACCUGCUUCAGUCAGUGCACCAAGGGAACAUCCAUUUCUUUUGCAAAGUGUGGGAGGACAGACCUUAACAGUGUUCACAGAAAGUUCAGUCGAAAGCCAACCAGAAGAAAAAUCUGAAAGCAGCAGCGCUGUAGCUGAUGAGUACAGCAGGACAUCACUGAAAGGAAAGGUGUCCCUGUCUGUACAAGAUAAACUUUCCUUGGAAGGAAUAGUGGUGCAACGUGCUGAAUGCAGACCUGCAGCUAGUGAAAACUAUAUGAAACUGAAAAGAUUACAGAUAGAAGAAUCUUCUAAACCUGUAAGGCUAUCACAGCAGCUGGACAAAGCCGUAACCACAAACUAUAAACCGGUGGCUAAUCAUCAAUAUAAUAUUGAAUAUGAGAAGAAGAAGAAAGAAGAUGGAAAACGGGCUCGAGCUGAUAAACAGCAAGUGUUGGACAUGCUUUUUUCAGCCUUUGAGAAACAUCAGUAUUACAACAUCAAAGACCUGGUGGACAUAACCAAACAGCCAGUGAUAUACUUGAAAGAAAUUUUAAGAGAAAUAGGCAUCUACAACGUGAAGGGGACCCACAAAAACACAUGGGAGCUGAAGCCAGAAUACAGACACUAUCAAGGAGAAGAGAAGAGUGAUUAACAAAAGCGUUUAUGAAGCAAGAGAGAAUUAGAGUGAUUGCACUGAGGGAGCCGUGGUGGGUUUACAGAGAGGACUGAGCGCAGCACAAUUCUGCAAGGUUCAAGUCAAAGUAGAGCAGCUGAUACUUUGUAAUUUUCCGUAGCUUCAUUUUUUUCCUAAGGAAUCUCUCUUGUACGUUUCUAUAAGUGUUUUGUCUUUUGACAGGAAAAAAAAUAUUUAUAGAAUAAACUUGUAUUAGAUUUAUCUUUAUUAGAUACCUUUUUGAGUUCUGAUCUUACUUUUUCAUGGUAGCUUUGUGGCUUUUCCAAGCCUUGAUAACUUUGAAGGAAAACAUGUCCUAGAGGAACCCGUAAUUUGUGGGUUUGUAUUCCAGCAGAACCAGGUUUAUACCUGGGUGGAAUGGACAUGAUGCUCCUUUUGGGAUCAGGCUUUAGGAAAAACGGCCAGAGCUGCGGUGCUCAUCACAGUCCUUAGACUCCGUGGGAACAAAUCAACACAGUUAAAACCUGAAAAGCGAAGAAGCAAAGGCUGUUCCGCACACAGGUCAGUGGGAAGAUGACAGUCCCCUCUAGGUAAUUACUGAGAAAGAAGAAAAAAAAAAAAGUCUGUCUGUUAGGUACAUCAAGGAAUUGAUUUAUCUUUUGUUUGGUUUUUUAUCAUGUUACCUAUGUCUUAUGUUUAAGCAUAUCAAUAAAAGCCUUGUUUUAAUUUGUACCACGCAAUGUUCUACAUUAUUGACUGAACGAAUGUUGUGAUUUAGAUAGCAUAGGUAUGAAGGUUUUUUUCAAACCAUGUUUUUAUUGCUGGCUUUGCCACUGGGUUUUUGUGUUUUGGGGAAGAUUGCUUAAUGUAUCCGUGUCUCUGUUUCCCCAUUUUUGAAAUGCACAUUGCAAGGGUUGUCUAUUCAGCAUCCUUUUUGGGAGGGAGCAGGGAGGGAGAUGGGACGAGACUAUUUAAUUAUAUUCUCAAAGCUUUUAUGUUAAUAAAAGAGCAAAGAAAUCAAGA